GGUUCCAGGCUAUGAUCCCCGGCGCUUUUGUUUGCUCUCCGCGCAUAGAACUCUGGCUGCCGCAGAGCGCAUCCCCAGGCAUCUCGUUCCCAAAUUAAAAGUCAACAGGGGAAACUCGGGCAGACACCCUUCCUCUCCCGGGCCCCUCCCGGGUCCCCCGCCCCAUGUCCGCUGGGGAGGCUGCCUGGUGUGGAGGCGGCGGCCGAGGCCGAGGCAAACUCUGGGUGACCGCGCCUGCGGGGUACUUUGCCAUCCGUCCACUGGGACCUGGGGAGGAAGAACCCCAAGCACCCAAUCCCCUCCUCCUCCACCAUUUCGGAUACCCCGCAGACACUGACUUUCAAGAAGGACGCUUGCCCCCUCUGACCCCAUCGCGGGUGGCCACCUGUCUUUGCCGCGGUGAUCCCUCUCCCAUGACCCUGCGGUGCCUUGAGCCCUCCGGGAAUGGCGCGGAAGGGACGCAGAGCCAGUGGGGGACCGCAGGAUCCGUGGAGGAGCCGUCCCCCGAGGCGGCGCGUUUGGCGAAGGCCCUACAGGAGCUCAGUCAAACAGGUUGGUACUGGGGAAGUAUGACUGUUAAUGAAGCCAAAGAGAAAUUAAAAGAGGCACCCGAAGGAACUUUCUUGAUUAGAGAUAGCUCGCAUUCAGACUACCUACUAACAAUAUCUGUUAAGACAUCAGCUGGACCAACUAAUCUGCGAAUUGAAUACCAAGAUGGGAAAUUCAGAUUGGACUCUAUCAUAUGUGUCAAGUCCAAGCUUAAACAAUUUGACAGUGUGGUUCAUCUGAUUGACUACUAUGUUCAGAUGUGCAAGGAUAAGCGGACGGGCCCGGAAGCUCCCCGGAACGGCACCGUCCACCUUUACCUGACCAAACCGCUCUACACAGCCGUGCGGCCGCUCCAACAUCUCUGUAGACUCACCAUUAACAAAUGUACCGGUACCAUCUGGGGACUGCCUUUACCAACGAGACUAAAAGAUUACUUGGAAGAGUAUAAAUUCCAGGUAUAAGUGUUUCUGUCUUUCUAACCUUGCCUCGUCUAGAGUCUCUCCGAAUGCAGCUAUGUCAAAGAGAACCAAAACUUGAGUGCUCUGGAUAACUCCUCGGGAUUCUCAAAACAGCUGAAGUCCAUCUAAUUUAAAUGGGUGCGGAGGUAGCUAGGUUUUUAAAGUUCCUCCAGAGAUUUUCACGGGAGUGAUGCUGACCUUUGUAAAGGCUGACCAAGACCCACCCGUUAAUCCUUUUCCAUUAGAAUCCAGUGUCCCGAGUAAAGGCUGAAAGGAACGUUUUCUCGGAAGACUUCACCUUUCUGAGGUUCCUCUCUAGUAGGUCAAAGGUCCACGCCCCGGUAGCAAGGAGAGAAGGGGAUGCAGGAGGAUGGAAGGAAGCAGUGGAAGGAACCCCAGCUAACACAGGCUUAGCUUCAAUUUUAGAUGCCCGGUGGUCAGAGUCUCCAUUAGGCCAUUUUCUCUUUUUACGUUCUUGAUGUACCUAGGAGUUUUGUUAAACAGAUAUGCUUGUGAGUAUUUAUCCUUCAUUUUAUGCAAUUAACCGAAUCAACCAAAAAAAUGACCAUGAAAUCCUGUAUUUGACUUCUUACUACAUGUAUGAACUCUCUCAUGUGAAUGAGUACUGUAGUAUAAUCUGUUUUAAGGGAGCCUUAUCUCAGAACUAUUUCCAACUGGUGCACAUGGAAAAGACUUGGUCUUUUCCUUUAAGGCUAAAGACAAGAAUGUCGUGCUCUACAGGUGCAACUCAAUCCCUGAAAACAAAACCAUGUAGAUACGGACAUUUGAUCCUUUCAAGUAGCUGUGUCCCCCACCUGUUGCCAUUGACUUUUUGGAAAUGGCUGUAGAAAUUUUCAAGUUGUCCUUGAAUUGUCUAACCAUGGACAUCAGCGGUUGUCUCCCUUCUACCAUGUAGAAUAUUUUGACUUAAUUCUCUUCCAGAUAUAGGGGGAUACCUGCCUGUUUUUUUUUCAAAGUGUUUAUUUACUGCUGUUACUAUUUGAUUAGAAUGUAUUAAAUAAAAAGAAAAACCUUGACUUUUA